UCGCUCAGUUCGAACCCCUGGGACCCUCAGUGCGGUCAUCGUGAUCGAGUCGCGACGAUCCACGAUCGCGAGCUCCGAUACAGGCUCUCUUGAUCCAAGGAAAACAUGAAUCUGGUGACUAUGGUAAAGGUCGGUUACGCAAUGGUGAUAUUCACCCUGUUGCUGAUGAUGUGGGCGUCGUUGGCUCGGAUGCACGAGCUACCGGUGCAAUACCCGCCGUGCUUCUUCAAUCCCCUUUGCACCUGCUCGAAAGCAAUGCCCGAUCUCGGUAUAGUCACCUGUUACAACGUGCCGAUGCCCCGUAUACCGCAGCCCAUAAACUCCUCGAAGGUGUUCAUGCUGCAGUUGGAGAACAACGGAUUGAUGUUUCUGCAGCCGCAGUUUCUCAUGAACACAGGUCUGUACAACCUACGGAUCAGGCAUAAUCCUCUGGCCGACAUCCCGGACGAAGCUUUCCUAGGGCUUGAGAGAUCGUUAUGGGAGCUCGAAUUACCCUACAAUCGCCUGGAGAGGGUUCCCAGCAGGUCGUUUAGGCACUUGCAGAAGCUACAACUCCUCGAUCUAACAGGUAACAAGAUAUCGAAAAUCGCAGCGGACAAUUGGCGCGGUUUGGAGAACUCGUUGCAGAAACUGCGACUGGGACGGAACGCGAUCGACAGGCUCCCGGCGGACGCGUUCGCCGGGCUUACUUACUUGGACAUGCUCGAUCUGCGGGAGAACAACCUGAAAGAUGUCGAUCCUUCCGUGUUCAGGGACGGCAUGGCGCAUCUGGUGCACCUCUACCUGAACGGAAACCAGUUGACUCACAUUCCGUACGCCCAGCUGUCCUCUUUGAAGCGCAUGAAGGUGUUGGAUCUCAGUUACAACAGGAUAUCGAAGAUGUUGAACCCGCAACAGGAACCGGAAAUCAGGGGGAUUCAGAUGUCCCUCGACAUACUGCGGCUCGAUUACAAUCAAAUCGAGAGCCUCAUGUCCGGUGACUUUCAACACUUCCUGAAGGUCAACAGGACUUACCUCGAUGGGAACCCGUUGACGAUGAUCGAGGAGGAUACGUUUAGAGACUCGAGAAUACGGGAACUUUAUUUCAGCGACUGCCGCCUGAUGGAAGUAAGUUCCUCCGACUUCAGGGGCUUGGAGUCCUCCCUCGAACUGUUGGACCUCUCGGGGAACAACAUCACGACCCUCCCGAGCCCCGUCUUCCAAGAGUACGACUUCUUGCGAACGUUGAUCUUUCGCGAGAACAAGAUACAAACCUUCUCUCCCGCUGAAGUGUUCAAUGGAUUCCAAUACUCCCUGUACCACCUGGACCUCAGCGGUAAAAAGAACGGAUUGGUGUCCCUUCAGGAUCUUCGACAGAUGAGAAAUAUGCGAUUCCUUUCGAUCUCGCGGAUGCCGAUACCGACGCUUUCGGCCGAAGACUUUAUGGAGUACGGGAUGGACAUCAAAGAGCUCCGCAUCGUGAAAAGCAACCUGAACACCAUCAAGAGUCACGCUUUCAUGCACGUCCGCGGAAUCAAGUACUUGGAUUUCUCUGAGAAUUCGAUCUCCUCGAUAGAAAACGAUGCGUUCUCCGAGGUCGGUCAUUCGCUUUUGACGUUGAGGAUGGCUCACGGAUUAUUCUCUUCCGUUUCCGAGAUACCGACCGCCCCUUUCAAGUUUCUAACGAAUCUGCAACACCUCGACUUCAGCAACAACAAACUUAAAUCGCUGCCGGACACGUCGUUUCACUUUCUGAAGAGGAUCAAGCGUAUCGAAUUGCAAGACAACGAGAUCAAUAACAUCCGGAAGGGAACGUUCCAGGGUGACAUCCAUUCGUAUUUGGAAGAGGUGAAUUUCGCGUUCAACAAAAUCACGACCCUGGCGACCCACACGUUCGUCGACCUGCCGAAAAUAACGAUGAUAAAUUUAGAGGACAACGCUGUAGACAAAAUCGAGAGACGGGCGUUUAUGAACAUGAAACUCCUCAAGUACAUUAAUCUACGCGGAAACAAACUACGAGACAUCACCGACGAAGCCUUUCAGAAUCUGCCGGAUCUGGAGUUCCUGGAUCUCUCGUACAACGACCUGAACGAAUUCAACUUUGCCUCGUUCGAUCAAGUGGGAACUUUGGCAUCGUUUAAAGUAAACGCUAGUCACAACGAAAUCCCAAAAUUAUGGAUCAAUAGCACCACAUUCACGCCUCCGACCACCAUCGGCGGUACGAUCCAAUCGAACAUCAAAGUCCUCGACCUCAGUCACAACAACAUCUCGGACAUAAUGAGGUUCUACUUCAAGCCCGUCGAAUAUUCCCUGACUCACCUCUAUUUGUCCCACAAUCAACUGAGCAACGUGACCCAAGGGGUCUUCGGGAACAUGCCGCACCUACAAUGGCUCGACCUGAGCCACAACGAACUGAUGGAAGUCGACUUCGACUGUUUCCGAAACACGAGGAACAUCCAAGUCCUCUCACUCUCCUGGAACAACAUCAUGGACAUCCCGGCGGAGGCUCUGAGACCUCUCAAGAAGCUGAGGAUCAUCGACCUCUCGCACAACAGACUGAGGACGUUGCCGGACAACUUGUUCUCGGACGCGAGUAUAGAGAGCUUGGAUCUGUCCCAUAAUCAGUUCAUGCGGCUGCCGAUUAAGAUCAUGUCUAUAUCGGCAGCGGCCAGUCUCUCCAUGCUGGACAUGUCUUGGAACACGCUCUCGGGAAUUCACACGACAGACGCUAUAUUCAGGCUCAGGAGUCUAACGUGGCUGGAUCUGUCGUACAAUCGACUGGUCAGACUUGACGAUGGAGUAUUCUCGGACCUGUUCUACCUGACUCAUCUCGACUUGAGUCAUAAUAAACAGUUACUGUUGGAAUCUCGCGGGAGGACGUUCCACGGGUUGGAGGACUCUCUCUUGUACCUCGACCUGAGCAACAUCUCCCUCUUAAGUAUGCCAGAAUUGCCAUUGCGACGAUUGCAAACGUUGUACUUGGCGCACAACGAGUUGGCAUCGAUACCAGCGGAAAUGGCAUCGAACCUGACGUCCCUGCACUAUUUGGACCUGAGCGCGAACGAUCUGACCGUGGUACCGUUGAUCACGCACAGUCUACCCGAACUGAAGACUUUCAACCUGGCUGACAAUCCCAUCACGGCUGUCAGCAACACCAGCUUCUUAGGCAUCGCCGACAGCCUCGAGGAACUGGACAUACGACGCCUGUCUUUGUCCAUUUUCGAGAGCGGAGCACUGUGCAAAGCGACGAAACUCCGCAGGUUGUAUAUAACUGCUUACAACGGCGUGAAGAAUUUCAAUUUUCCGAACAUUUUGGAAUACAAUCACGGCCUGAGGCACCUGGUCAUCGACGUACAAAACGAGACGAAUUUGGAGAAGGAGAUGAAAGGGAGGUUCCCCAACAAAUUGUUCAACGUAACUCUGACCGGUCGCGCGCUCAAGGACAUAAGUCCCGACAUUUUGCGAGGUAUAAGGAAUCCGCACUUGCACUUCGGGAUGUACAACACGAGCGUGAGCACCGUGCCGAAGGAUGUGUUCGAUAACGCCGAGUGGGUGAGGAACGUGACCGUUCAUCUUCAUCAUAGCGACGUGCGGACUCUGAACAAUCCGUCGAACGGGUACAAGCCGGGUGUACCGGGGAAACGAUUCUUGUUGAAACUCACCGUCGCGGGAAACUACUUCACUUGCGACUGCGACAUCGGAUGGAUGGAAGACUGGCAGAGGAAGCACAGGCAGUACCAAGAAGAUCGUUGCACCACUUACAGCGAGUUCAAGAACUUCGAGCGGGACGAAGAGGAUGACGAAUUUGAUUGCUGGGACAACGGUUGGGACGACGAUCUGCGCGAAUCGUUUUGCUUGAACAAGAACAACAUGUCGGUACUGGAAGCGUUGAAGACCGACCUCGAGUGCGGAUGGGGCGCCGCGGACUCCGUCCAAGCUCCUCACCGUUCCCUGCUCUUCUUCUUCUUCUUCUUUUUCGUGACGGUGAUUUAUUAAAGUCGUCUAAACAUUU